AGAGAAAUCCCAGAUUUUGGGCGGGGAUAUUGCCGGGCGGAGAGUCCUGGUCUCAGCCGCCUACUCUUGUCGGCGGGCGAGGAGGGCGUCAUUUCGCAGCCUCUUCUGUGUCAUCUUUUCCCCUCACGGAGCGCGGUUGCGAGUGGCAGACAGCCUUUGCUCUUUUUUCCCUUUUUCUUUUGAGAGGAGGAAGAGGAAGUGCCGCGGUUCCCGGAGCUCGGCGAGGCGCUGCGCCCGCCGCUCCCCCUCGAGAGGAGGCGCCUCCCAGACCCGCUUUAGCGUUACCUCCUCCAGCGGCUGCUGAAGCGCCGCCAAGUCCGCUACUCAUUUCUCCCGAGGAGCAAACUUUCUGCGCUGCAAUGAACGGUGCGGGGAGCGGCUGCUCGGCAGAGUCUUCUCUCAGGCUCUAAGGGAAAAAAGGGAGGUGUGUGCGUGAGUGAGAAAAAAACAGCUUCAACCUGAAAAGAAGCGCGAACCUCAGGUGAGGACAGGGAAAAGACCCGCCAAGCUUUGCAAUGGGUUGUGGACUAAACAAGUUGGAAAAACAUGUUGAAAAACGGCCUGGUAACAUCUAUUCAACUUUGAAGAGGCCCCAAGUUGAAACCAAAAUAGAUAUAUUCUAUGAAUAUCACUUCCUGGAAUUUACAACUUUAAGUGAUGCUGAGCUACCAGGUUCAUCAGCAAUCAGACUCUCUUCCUUGCAUGAAUUUCCAGCUCAGCUGCAAGAAUUGUACCAGCAGGGUUUCAUCUUGGCUGCCGUCCAUCCCUUUGUACAGCCGACUAAUGAGAAUGAGAGGACUCCCCAGGAACAAAUCUUCAGGGCUGUACUGAUCAAGAAAACAGAGAGAUCCCUGAAAAAUGAUGCUGUCAGUGAAGGAACUACUUUAGAGAUAGAAAGUUGCUUCUCCUCGGACCACCUUCCAGAUAAAUCAAAGAUGCCAGAUCUUAUUAAGAAAAUUCAAGAUGCAGCAAGUCGGGGCUUGAGGUUUGUUGGAAUAAUACCUCAAUAUGCUUCCGAAAUGAACUCCAAGAGCUGCAGUGCUGAAAUAUCCACCAGCAACAGCUCCAGAGAACUAAAAGGUGACAAAAAUCCAUCAGAUUUUGCUGAAGGUUAUGUUUCAUUGGAUCAUGAAAAAGCAGAUUGCACUAAUGGAUUCAAAGCCCCAGCAGCAAGGGAUGAAAAUGUUGACCAGUAUGUAGGCCCCAAUGAAGAUCUGGAAGAUGAAGGGCAGGUUGCAGAACAUCUCAGUUUAAGCUCUACUGGAGAAAAUGGAGGGCAACUUCAAGAAACUGAGAUCUUUGCUGUCUUCAACAAGCCAAAUACCUUGCAGAGAUCCAGCCAGUACUACACUGUAACAAUCCCUGUGAGAAUCGCCAGCAAUGGGCAGAGCAUUUGCAGCUUAGAAGCCAAUUGGCUGGAACAUAUGACAGAUCACUUCCGGAAAGGGAGCACAUUGGUGAAUGCCAUCUUCAGUCUUGGAAUGGUAAAUGAUUCCUUCCAGGGCACGACAGAUGGAAUGUUCAUCUUUGAAGAUCUUUCUGUGGAAGACAGCAAGAGUAUACAAGGCUACGAUGCAAUUGUUGUAGAACAAUGGACUGUUCUGGACGGAGCUCAAGUGCAGGCAGAUUAUAUUCCCCUGUUGAACUCUCUUGCCGUAUAUGGCUGGCAGCUGACUUGUGUGCUUUCCACUCCGGUUGUAAAGACAAACAGGGAUGGGAAUUUAGCUACGAAGCAGAUUGUCUUUCUUCAGAGACCCUUCCUGCCCCAGAAAACCAAGAAGAAACAAUCUAAGUUUCACUGGAAAUUCUCCAAAGAAGACAAACAUCACAAGCAAGCCAAAAAAUCUCUGAAGGCAAAACUAAGUGCCAAAGAGCACCACCAGAUAGGAGAAACGCAGGAGUCAGAAGUCACAGAAAAUGCAAGGAAUUCGGAAACACAGUUCUCCACAAUUGAAACUGGUUUGCAGUUCCCAGUAAUCUCAGAUCAACAGCUGGCUGAUGUUGAAGACAGAAGAGCCGAAGCUCUUGGGCACAGAGACAUGCCUAUCUACAACAAUGAAGUGUCUGCAGAAAAAUGGAAUGCAGGUCAUGAUGCUGAACAAGAAGACAUAGGAGGCUUGUAUUUGGAUCAGAAAGGCAUGCAUGAAGACUGUGAGGGCCAAAUGUUUCAAGACUGUUGCACUGCUGUAGACAAUGAUGGGAACUGUGCGGCAGAAGCUAUAGAAACCAGUUUUGAUCCUGGGUGUCAGUUUGACUGAGAGAGGCAAUUAUUUGCCAACGUAAGGAACUCAUUUGAUUUGACAGUGUUGGCUUUCUACAGGACACAGCAGAAAUACUAUUGCAUUUUCAACUUGGCAAUAUAUGCAAACUUAUUCAGGCUUUUUUUGCCAUUCAGGAAGAUCCAUGCAUAUUUAAGCUGUGUUGAGCUGCUUUUUCAACCAAACAAAAAGUAUGUCCUGUACUUUAAAUGUUCAUAUUUUUAAACAAAGUUUAAUUGGUGUGCACCAUAUUUUUAUUCAGUUUUGUGAAAUGGAAUUCAGGAUAUAAGAAGCUUUAAAGAAGUGGCUAUAAUUGUAUUUGUCUUUAACACAUUUAUUAGUAUGCCUUUGGAACUACUAAUCUCUUGUAAAAACUUUAAAGCAAUAACGAAGCCAUGUGUUUUGUCUGGAAAACCUACUAGUGGCAGAGAAGGAGAAUGCAAUUUUUUUAAAUUAUUUUCUAUAUACUCCAUGUAUCUGAUUACCAUUCAAGCAACAUUAUAUUCCAGAUUAUUAGGUUGCUAAUCAACUUGUCACAUCAAACAGAUCAUAAAACAAAAUGCAUGUAAAAAUGGUUAACUUGUAUGUAUUUCAUAAAAUGUUGGACACUGGGCACAUAAUACCUACUUAUAUUGGAAACAGGAGUUCUUAAUGAGAAUUUUCCACAAGAAAAUAACUUGCAAGAAGUAGGUCAGUAAAAGCUCUUAAAAUACACAACCUGAUCAGCAAAGUAAACCAUUUACUCAGCUGACAACUAGGGAUGGGGGAGCAAUUUGUUUGGUCUGAUCAGACCAACCUGAUCCAACAGUCCCAAAUUUGCUUGUAGAUUAGAAUGCAACUCCCGGUCUGAUUAUCUAGUUCUCCGGAUGUUGUAAUGCAGUUUCAGUGUGCAAAAAAUGCACACAAAAAUAAACAUUGUUCUUAAAAUUUGUGUACAAAAUACAUAUUUUACAAACUUAUGCACUGCACUGAAAAUUGUAUGUAAAGUGGAUAAAAUGCAGACUUUGUGUGUUCUUUCAGAAAAAUCUGCACAAAACCUAUGAUUGAGCACCAGUGAGACUGAAAUGGGUAGGAAUUAGUUGCUCAGACAAUUUCUCCUGACAAUACAUGAUGUAAAAUGACAGAUUGUUUCAUAUUUUUCAGGCAUAUUAAUCUUUACAAUAAAAGUUGUGCAAUUUGAAUUUUUUAAAGCUCUCAAAUAUAC